AUGAAAAUCGCUGUCAGUUUCAUUACCCAGUGUUCGUUUCAUUGUUCUUCGGAUGGUGGUCGAGGAAUUUUCAAGAAAUUUUGAUGAAAUUCAUUGAGGUUCAUGAGUGCCUGAGGAAAAUUAGCAGUUUCUCUGAGAACCGUUCAUGGGUCAUUUUUCUUUUUGAUUGAAGACACUGUUAUCUGAACAAAGAUUUCUCGGAUUGAUCUUGGUUUGACGGAGUCUAUUUGGAGACCUUUUACUAUCUCCAUAUGCUUUUGGCCAUCAUUCCCUGGGAUGGAGCAGUUCCGGCAGGUUGGAGAGGUUGUCGGAAGUUUAAACGCUUUGAUGGUAUUCCAAGAUGAUAUACAAAUUAACCGUAGGCAGUGCUGUUUGUUAUUUGAUAUGCUCAUUUUUGCAUACAAAACAAUAGCGGAGGAGAUGCAACAAAACCUGAGAUUUGAAGAGAAAAACAUAAAAUGGAAAAUUAUUGAACAACCAUUAACAGAGCUCCAUAGGAUAUUCAAAGAAGGAGAAGGAUACAUCAGACAAUGCCUGGAAACAAAAGACUGGUGGGCUAAAGCUGUUAUGCUCCAUCAAAACACAGACUGUGUCGAGUUUCACAUCCACAACUUGCUCGGCUGCAUUCCCAUUGUCAUCGAAGCAAUUGAAAUAGCUGGAGAAACAUCAAGUUGGGACCAUGAUGAGAUGCAAAAGAAGAGAGUGAUAUACUCGAUGAAAUACCAAAAAGAAUUUAGAGACCCUAAACUGUUCCAAUGGAGAUUCGGAAAGCAGUAUUUGGUAUCUGAGGAUUUUUGCACUCGAUUAGAUACAGUUUGGGAUGAAGAUAGAUGGAUUCUGCUAAACAAAAUCCGAGAGAAAAGAAAAGCAGGUACAGUAAAUUCAACAAAGCAAGACCUCCGGCUCAUGGAUCUUCUGUUCAAAAACUUGAAUGAAUCAGAGGUAUUGAAUGGCAAACUCUUGUCAUGUUCAAUCUUAGUGGGUUCAAAGGACUACCAGGUUAAGAGGCGGUUAGGAGGUGGCAGCCAAUACAAGGAAAUCCAAUGGCUGGGUGAGAGCUUUGCUCUAAGACACUUUUUUGGGGACAUUGAACCACUGAUUGCUGAGAUUUCUCAAGACCUCUCUUUGUCACACCCUAAUAUAAUGCACACCUUCUGUGGGUUUACUGAUGAGGAAAAGAAAGAGUGUUUUCUCGUUAUGGAACUCAUGAAUCGAGAUCUGUCGUGUUAUAUUAAAGAGAUUUGUGGUCCGAGGAAGAGAAUUCCAUUCUCUCUUCCUGUUGCAGUUGACCUUAUGCUUCAGAUUGCAAGAGGAAUGGAAUAUCUCCACUCAAAGAACACAUAUCACGGAGAUUUAAACCCUUCAAACAUCCUUCUGAAAGCAAGAAACAGCUCCUCAGAAGGAUAUUUACUUGCAAAAGUUUCAGGAUUCAGUCUAUCAUCCUCCAUUCGGCUCACACAAAAAUCACCUCCAAAUCAGAAUGGAACAUUCCAAUUCAUCUGGUAUGCUCCUGAAGUUCUAGCUGAGCAAGAAAAUUUGGGAAGUAUUGGAAAGUCCAACUACACAGAAAAGUCCGAUGUGUACAGCUUUGGGAUGAUUUGCUUUGAGCUUUUAACAGGCAAAGUCCCUUUUGAGGAUGGUCAUCUCCAAGGAGAUACAAUGAGCAGAAACAUACGGGCGGGGGAGAGGCCACUGUUCCCUUUUCAUUCACCGAAAUUCUUAACAAACUUAACAAAAAAGUGCUGGCAUAGUGAUCCCAAUCAAAGACCAAAUUUCUCGUCUAUUUGUAGGAUUCUUCGCUACAUAACACGUUACUUAGUGAUGAACCCUGAUCACUGCCAGCCAGAACCACCAAUGCCACUAGUAGAUUACUGUGACAUUGAGGCAGGGCUUUUCAAGAACUUCCCCUCCUGGAGGAAUUCAGAUUCGUUGCUGAUUUCACAAAUUCCAUUUCAGAUGUUUGCUUAUAGAGCAUUGGAGAAAGAGAAAUUAAACACAAGUCAGAGAGAAAAUUCUGAAUCAGGAAGUGAUGGAGCUUCAGCUUGUGGGGAAGAGAAUGUCAUUGCAGAUGACCCAUUGCCAUCGCCAACUGAAAAAAAGUAUUUGGUAUCUCCAGAAGCUAUGAACAAGAAACUGCCCUCAAGGAAAUCUGCAGACCCGAAAGCCAACAAACAGCCAGGGACGCCCAAAGCACGUUCAGUUAGACCUCCCCAAAUGACUAAUUUCGGUCGCAGUAUGAGGAUGAAAUCUGAAAGCCAGCUGAUGUUGAUGAGUCCAAAGACACGGCGACUAUCAGGUCAUAUGUCAGAUUCCGAGCUCUCCUAAGCAUGCGUCAAUAUACCAAGACCACAAGAGUUUUGACCCCAGUUGAACUACAGAGCCAAGACCAGUGGCUUUCUGGUUACCAAUAUCAGUGUCAAUAAACCACAGAUCCUGAUAUAGCAUACCAUAUGCAGGUAAAGCUAUGUAUAUCUGACUCUCUUCAGAUCUUGUAAUGAUCAUAGACUCGUACAUUGGGCCAUCCUUAAGGUUUAGAUUACACUGACCGGAUGCUUGUUGAAACCAUAGUGGAGUUGCUUGUGCUGAACCACAAUUAGAAAAUUUGAUGUCCUUCUUUCUCAAGUCCUCUUAUUGUCUAAUUCUAUUGUGCAUAUAUUUGAGGACGGUCUUGAAAGUUGGUAAGAUUGUUCUAUUGUAAUUUACGAUCAUGGGAUUGGGACCAAGACAUGUGGAAU